AUGGUCCUCACAGUUGCAAUCAUUGGGGGCGGGAUCGCCGGGCUCAGUGCAGCCAUUGCUCUCAGGAAACUUCCCGGCGUCGAUAUUCAGGUGUACGAGAGAGCAAAAGAAUUCAAAGAAUUGGGUGCUCUUAUCGGACUAGCUCCUAAUGGAUUGAGAACCUUGGAGAAGCUAGGGGUGGAAGAUGUUCUUACGGACGAAGUUGGUUGGAGAAGUCCGAAUGGAGUUCCUAUGUGCUUCAAGCACUUCAAGACAGGCGAUGUGUUAAGCGUCGACUACAACCAUGACGUUCCAGAUAGACGACAUCAAUUUGCUCGAAUGCACCGUGCUAGUCUCCAAAAGGCUCUUUUGAAGAAUCUUCCACCAAACAUUCUUCACACUGGCAAAAAGGUCUCUAUAGUGAAGACCAAUGAUGAUAGUGCCACAGUCGGCUUUGAAGAUGGAACCUCCGUGACAGCUGACCUCGUAAUCGGAGCCGAUGGAAUCAAAUCGAAAGUUCGAGAAUCGUUCAUCAAAAAUCACAAGCUUAGCUCCUCCGGCGACGCGAUCUUCCGAACAACAUUUGCCUACGACUUAGUGGCAGAUCUUCCUGGGCUUGAACAGAACUCAACUCAUUAUCAAAGCCCAACUUCAUGGUUUUUCGGAACAAGACUAGGAUCGGAUCAAUUUGGUGUGACUUGCAGUUUUCACGUUGAUGAAAACGAUUCAAGUUCGAAGUUUGCAGACACAACUUGGAACGCUCCGGCCACUGUGGAUGACAUUCGCAAUGUCUUCAAAGACUUUUACUCUCCUAUCCCAUCAAUCAUUGAUAGAAUCCCCGAAGGCACUUUGAGAAGGUACACCAAUGUGGCUGGAGAAGCCCUUUCCCACUGGACCUUUGGGAAUCGCGUUACUCUGAUCGGUGAUGCAGCUCACACGCAUGGUGGCGCGUAUGCAGCAGGCGCGUCAUUAGCUGUGGAUGAUGCAUACGUGCUCUACCUUUCGCUACGAACUAUACUUCAGGGAGGAGUUCAAGACCAAGAGAAAUUAUCAGCUGCGCGUAUUGGAGAAGCACUUGCCCUUUAUGAAGCAACUCGCCGCCCCCAUCUAGAGAGAGUGUUGAAGGAAGUGCACAGCGGGCGGAAGGCCCAAGCUGCCCGAUUUGAAAAGAUCCGGGAGGAGGGUGUCCCAGAGUCGGACGCCUCAUUCAGGAAGAGACUGGCUUCAAAGGGUGAUCCAGUCUGGCUAAAUGAACAUGAUGCAGAGGCACAGUUUCACAAGGUAUAUAACAACUCAACCAGCUCACAAGCCAGUGUGGCUGAAGUGCGCCCCAAGCUCUAA